AUGUCGCAAAACCAACAAAUUUCAACAAUGUUCACGGUGCAGGGCAUGAGAAAGUUUGUCUGUGACCGACUAACUGAAGUUGCUCAAGAAAUACUAGGAGCUUUUGAAAAGAGGGCUCAAGAAUACGAGUUGGAACUGGACCGUCAGCGCAGACUGCUGGAGAGUUUCUACGCAGAAGCCAACGUCGGACGUACUGGGUCAAGUAUCAAAGAGGAAAGUCAUAACAUUGGGAUCACUGAGAGUGACCUACCUAUUGCUUCAACCAGUGUGCAAGGGGUUCAUAGUGAGUCGCAAAGUUCAAAGGAAGUUCAGAAUGCAGAGAGAAUGCAACCAGAAAGAGCCUGCUCCCCACAUCAAGAAAACACAUCAAGUAAACAUAUCAAAUGCAGUCAUGGAUACAGGUUACCAAAACGUUUUGUGCCAAGACAACAUAAUACUAACAAAGAUAAUGGUAAGAUUUCAAGCAGCGCACCCCCUCCAGUGGAAAUAAUUGAAAUUGAGGACAAUUCACCAGUGUCCAGUGAUGUAGAAGUAAUGCAAGAAGACAAAGAGCCCACAACUAGCCAGAAAAUGAGUGAAAUAUCACAUAAUGAAAAACAAAUUACUCACGCAAACAAAAAUAGCAGUGCAACAGAAGAAAGCAAAACACCCAAGUUAAAAUGUGGUAAAAAGAAUUCCCCUCCUCACUCCCACACACCCGCACUUGAUAACAAUGCGGAGGCCAUGGAGACUGAAACCACCACAGACAAUAUGGAAAAUGAACCAACAACUUGCCUGCCUACUGCAAAUUUAGAUUCUAUUGAAUGGUCUGAGCCUAUAGAGACAGAAGAAAAUACAGCUUUACCAGAUGAUGUAAACCAAAAUAAGGAACUUGUUUGUGAAGACUCCACAAGCAAAAAAACUGAUGACAAGUUACUUCAUAAAAAUUGUAAAGAUGAUCAAUCAGCCAAAGAGAUUUCAAACAAUACCAGCGAUAGCAAUGACCCAACAUGCUCCACAAUGUUGCAUGUAAGCACAGCGGAGACAAUAACUAAUAAGGACGUUACAGACUGCACUGCUUCAACUAGUGAGCAGCCUUAUAAAUGUAACUGGUGUAAUAAAAGGUUUGUUAACAGGACCACUCUAAAGCACCACACUAGAAUACACACUGGAGUAAAUCCUUAUGAAUGCAGCAUUUGCCACAAAAGCUUUGCCACAAACAUAGACAUGAAAGUGCACUUCAAGAUCCACUCUGGAGAACGGCCUUAUAGAUGUGAUCAGUGUGGGAAAGAUUUCUCCUCCUGGACCAACUAUAACAGGCACACACGUAUACACAAGCCUACUGAGCCUCAGUGAUAAUGACUCUAAAUGCAUUAUUUUCUCACUCUCAGGUUAUCAUUAAGAGCUUGAUCAUUCAAGCAAAAUAUGACUCCGGUGACACAAAGGACAAUUUGAUGAAUUUACAGUGAGGAGUAUCAUUAUUUAAACAGCUAGGGUGUGUUAGUUUUAGUGUAGUUCGAUCCUCCCUUCAGACUGAUAAGGCAGUGACUUACCAAGAUGCUGUCAGAACUGAAGAAGUGUCUUAGACGAAUUGUGAAAUUCACUACAAAACUUUUGUCCAUCUGAAAAAAUUCAAUUCUCUGAACUACUAACUGAGGGAUUACAUAGACAGUCUCUGAAUGCAAAGCAAAGUUGUUUGGUAUUAAGGACAAUGAUAUAAGAUGACAAUAGAAUGUAAUUUCCAACACAAAUUUCAGUAUUGAUGUUUUUGCAAAUGAAUAUCCAGUUAGUAUCUGAUAUUUACUAAUACAAAGGGACUAUAUUUUGUAUGUUUUGUAAUUUUUUAUUUUUUUUAAUUAAUGUAAUUUUACAAAAAAAAAAAAAAAAUCUACUUUUUUUCUUUACAUACUCUAAUACAAAUGCAAAAUGCAAUACUACAGACUAGGGCUGUGCAAUUAAUCCAUUCAGUCAUUUCUAAUUAUCAAUCAUCAGCUAAGGUCUGUUUAAGAGGUCCACAAUCAGUUAAAGCAUGUGAUUUGGAGCAGAAUUCAGACUGUCAAUCAAAAAUCAAAAAUCAUGAUUGAUCAGUCUGAGGAUAAACUUGUGAUACCAUAUAUUUCAUAAUACCCAGCCCUAUAAUGACAAUUAAAGUGCUCUUGAUCAUUUAUAAGUUACACUAUGUAGUGAAUUCAAGUGUUUGAUCAAUAUUUAGUUUCUUUUUGAAUAUCUCUUAUCUUCCUAAUCUACUGUCAAUCAAUGCUUGUUUUUGUACACUUGGGAUUAAGAUCACAAAGGAGAAGAAGAAAUUAUUAUUUUAAAUCUAUUGCUGACUAAAUUUUCUUUGAAUGUGUGUCUGCCAUUAUUUCAAAAUGUAAGAAUAGGUGAAUAAAUAUGUUUCUUGCUUGCUUUUUAUAAAUAAAAAAAAUAAUAAUACAAAAAUGCCAAAUAAAACUUAACUCUGUCCUGUGAAAUCUA